UGUUAUCAAGGCCCCGCAAGGCUAAGGGGAUCUCUGAUGCUGUUGAUCCGAUAGUGAGGCGAGAGAUUACACCCUGCUGUUAGGAAGAGUAAUCCCAGCUAAUCUGACAUUCUGUUUCACGCUGCAGUGUCAGGAGAAAACACUGAGAAACGGAGGGACCUUUAUGGACUCAGAUUUGUUUGAUGGAAGAUGCUCCUGCUGGUUCUCCUUUACCUUGUGCAGUCUGGUGUGGUGGAGGUCCUCCCCUGUCCAGCCUCGUGUGUCUGCACGAACGGGAGCACUGGAGCAGCAGACCUCAGGAUGGUGCAGUGUGGUGACCCCGGAAUGUCAGCAAUACCCGUUAAUGUCCCGGCAAACACAUUCAAACUCUGUCUUGAGAAGACCCGUAUCUCCAGGGUGCCCAGGGCAGCCUUCUUCAAUUUGUCAGAGCUGCGCUUUUUAUGGUUGACCUACAACUCUAUCACAUCCGUCCACACCAGCAGCUUUGUCAACCUGAAGGCUCUUCGGGAGCUGCGUCUCGAUGGAAACCUGUUGACCUCCUUCCCAUGGGAGGGGCUUAGGGACAUGCCCCGCCUGCAGACGCUGGUACUCCACAACAACCGUCUGUCCAAUCUUCCACCUCAAGCUGCUCUUUUUCUUCUAAACAUCACCUACCUCGACCUAUCCAGUAACAGGCUGACAAUAUUACCAGCUGAGCUUUUGGACUUAUGGUUUCCUCUUCCAGGACUUCAAGAAGGACCGGUUCAAAGAAAAAUUCUGAGUAAAGUAGAAUGUGAUUUAAGACAUACUUGUGAUAAAAACUUCAUCCUCUUCAACUGUUUUGGGUGUGUAGGUCUUCAUGACAACCCCUGGCUGUGUGACUGUGAGAUUUCCCUGCUGGUUUCACUGUCCAUGUCUUUGGGGAGUUCGGUGGUUCUGAUGGACCCGCUGCUGAUGUGCAGCCGCUCCGUGGGUCAGUCAGGAACGCUGCUCACGCAAGCGGAGCUGUCUCGCUGUAUGAGGCCGUCUGUCCAACCUGCAGCCACCAGAGUCACCUCCUCUGUGGGCAGUAACGUCCUUCUGCGCUGCGACGCGAGCGGCUACCCAACUCCAACCUUGACUUGGAUCAAGACCUCCGCCUACACCGGUGAGCAGCACGGGCUCCAUCUGAGUGAAGAAGUGAGGGAAUCUCCUCGAGUUGGAGUUCGCUGGUCAAUCAUUAGCUUGAACGGGUUAUCCUACAGUGAUGCCGGCGAAUACCGCUGCCAGGCACGGAAUAUGGCCGGAUUAUCCGAAGCUCCAAUUAAGCUGAAAGUCAUGGGGGCCACCAGACUCCUGCGCCUGCCGAGGAAAAAUUCCAAACCCACGUUCUCCAGAUCUCUGCAGAGGAGCAGGAAGCCCAGCAAAACCCCAGCAGCUGCAGCCAACGAGAGCCGGAUCAGCACCGGACUCCAGACUCAGCUGGAGGGAUCCUGAGGUUCAUGUUUGCUCCAACCUUCAACCCGUGGGAAGACUCAGACACUCUGCAGAGGGUGGACAGAAAACUGAUACAGUAAAAAAAAGACUGUAUACGUACUACAAAUGUGUAUGUGACACUACUAUAGAUACCGCAGUAAUACUACCAUAUUUUACAGAGUAAAAAUUGCAAGAGCAAAAAAUGUCAAAUCAAGAAGAAGAAAACCAUAUAUAAGUCGCUCUGGAGCACAAGUCGCACUUUUAGGAGAAAAGUCUGACAAGUCAGAACAAAUCCACCAAGCCUAGCGUGACUAAAAUAACCAAAGAAAUAAAUACAACAAUACCAAGCUUUUCCCUGCGACUGACUGGCGACCUGUCCAGGGUGAACCCCGCCUUCGCCCAUCAGCAGCCAGGUUAGGCUCCGGCAC